AUGGGUUGUUCUAAGUGUAGCUGCGAGGUUCUCUCCUUCCCAGCUCUGAUGUCUGCUGUCCUCCCAGGCCUCAGAGUGAAUGUGAUAGAUUGCCGGAGUUAGUUUGUCUUACUGGGGCAAGCGGCGAGUUUUGAACAGACUGAAAUAUUUAGCAAUGGAAAACGUAAAUACAAUUCCUCUUCUUGCAUUAGUCUUCCUUCAGCAUCUUCCACGCUGUUCUGCAGUCUUCAAGUUGUGGUUUGCUAGCAGAGCUUUGUACUUUAUACUCCUGUAUACUUUACAGGAGCUUCUGCACUUGAAGUUAUAUGUUUUGGAGAGCUGCUGCUUUACCCAGCGAUUAAUACUGGGUUCAUCUCCGCAUUACAGGCUGUAGCAAGUCAGCUCAAAAAUGUAGAACAGUUGGGGAAUGUUUCCUAUUGGAAACUUUCUGAUUUUAUUUUGCAGAUCUUACCUCUAGAGUUUAUAGAUGAGGGUUCAGAUUGGACUAGAAAGUAAUGCGUUCUCAAGCAGGGGGUUACUUGAUAAUAAAUAAUAACUUUAAUCUGCCUCCAGUGUUCAUAUGUAUAUUAAAAUAAGGAGUUGGGCAUAAGGUAAGUGGAGUUAGAAGGAAACUAAUUGUGAGGUUUUUUCUUUGAGGGUAUAGCUAUAGGUAACAUCAGGCUUGUUUAAUCUGUUGCACACAAAGCUGUUCUAGGUUACCAGCAUAGCAGCUUCCUCUGGUAUUAAUUAAAUGCCUUGUUACUGAAUGUGUCACGGUUGUUUGAUUUCAGCUCAUAGGGGAAGUUGUUCUCAGAGGAUUUGAUUCGGGGUAGACAUGGCUUAUCCUCUUAGCAGAGUGUGCACAACCGGGCACUCUGUGGGAGGCAUGAUGGAAGUUCAUAGAAUGCAGCUGCCCACUGCCUUGGGUCAGUGUCAUGGCAGGAGCUUUGGCUUCCAGGUGACACAUAGGGGAAUGCUGCAUUGUCUGCUUGCUGUGUGCUGAACCUGGUAUAAUCAGGGUUUCUAUUUGUGGCUUAUGGGAUCUCAAGUGACACGUGCUAACGUCAACAAAGCCCAUUACAAUUAGAGUUUGAAUUGAAUUGACAGAGUGCGCUCCAUUUGCUUCCAGGUUCAGCAACUCAUAUUAACAGGCACUGAAGAAGGUGAUCCGUGUGUGUUUGAUCCAGAACUAUGGGACUGUUUGACAAGCUAGCAGGGUGGCUUGGGCUGAAGAAAAAGGAGGUUCAUGUUUUGUGCCUUGGUUUGGACAACAGCGGCAAAACAACGAUCAUUAAUAAACUUAAGCCUUCAAAUGCUCAAACUCAGGACAUCGUUCCAACAAUAGGAUUCAGUAUAGAGAAAUUCAAGACAUCCAGUUUGUCUUUCACAGUUUUUGAUAUGUCAGGCCAAGGCAGAUACAGAAACCUCUGGGAACAUUACUACAAAGAAGGCCAAGCCAUUAUUUUUGUCAUUGAUAGCAGUGACAAAUUAAGAAUGGUUGUGGCCAAAGAAGAACUUGACACUCUUCUGAAUCAUCCAGAUAUUAAGCACCGUCGACUGCCUAUUCUUUUCUUUGCUAACAAGAUGGACCUCAGGGAUGCAAUAUCAUCUGUGAAAGUAUCUCAGUUAUUAUCAUUAGAAAACAUCAAAGACAAACCUUGGCAUAUCUGGUAAAUUUUAUUUUUAUUU